AUACAUACAUACAAGUACUACUAUAUGUACGUGUAAGAGGCCGGAGCAACAAUUUAAUUUCGUAUUUUCGUACAUCGGUUUUGCACGUUGAUUUGGAGAGCUCGUGCGGGUUAGUGUGUGUGUGUGUACGUGUAUAGCUCGUGCGGACUGUUGUUGUUGUUGUAGUUAAACGAAAGCGAAAGUUUUUGUUUGCGCGCGUGUUGGUAACAGCCUCGCAGUCGCAGUCAGAGUCUCAGUCGCCGUGACCGUCGUCGUCAUAGACAAUCCUUGUCUAUGAUUGCUGCCCGCUGAUUGUAAACACGCAUACAUACAAAAACAGACAAAAUAAACACUCACGGAGGUACGCCAGCGCCUGUCUACAACCUACUACCUACUAGAAGAGAUUAAAAGCGUGUGAAAACAACAAAAAUGCUCAUUAGUUUCAAUGAGCGUGCAAUAAAUUAAGUAAACGUGUUUCUGUUGCCAUUAUCGCUGGUGCUGGUAGUGGUAGUGGUAUUGUUGCCCCAAUUGUGCACAUGUGAGUGUGUUAGUGUGUCCAAACUUGAAGUGAAAAAAAACAGGCAGUUCCUGGAAUUAAAUACUCACAUACAAUCGUAUGUUUAAAGCCAAACAGCUGUUAGUCACAUACAUACCUAAGCUAAUUUUGAAAUAACAUUCCUGCGGCACUUCCUGGAAGCAAAUCAAACCAGCAAACAAACGGUUGCAAUGACGCCCACUAUAUGCUCGGAGAAAAAACAGUUGCGAGCCUCGAGCAUGAAAGACACAAGACGACUUCACGGCGUUGCCACCGCGGUAACGGGAUCGGCAGCCGCCGCAGCAGCCAACAAUGCAGUCACACAAUCGAGCAUCGUGCUGAGCUAUGUUGCGAAAGGUUCAAUGAACUCGACUAGAGCGAAACAACGUUUGCAUGACCAGAGGCGCAGUGAAAGACUGCAACGCAGACUGCCACAAAUCUCAGACAAUGCCAUGUCCUCGUCGUCGCAUGUGGAGGAGGAAGAGCGAGAAGAAUUGCAGGCAUCAGCGACGACAACGUCGGCGGCGGCCACAGGGCUAAUACAUAACAAAGAGGCUAAAUAUCCGCGUAUGGAAAUCGAUGAUGAGCAGGAGCAGGAGCAGGACCGGGAGCGGGAGCGAGAACGAGAGCAAACGGAUAGUGUUGAAGAAGUCGGCAGGAGCUCUAGCUCGCUCGCUUUGGUGCCCAUACAUUCCAGCAGCGAAAAUCGUUUGCUUACAAAAACAGUAUUACAGCCGACAAUGGCCAACAACUACACCAACAACAAUAACAACAGCAACAACAGCAACAACAGCAACAACAGCAACUACAGCAACAACAGCAACAUAUUUAAUAACAAACAAACAGCCAAGAACUGUGAUGUGAAUGGCGGAGACGAUGAUGAUAGUGGCUAUGAUUAUGCUGGCAAAUCUGUUGAGCAUUAUCAGUCGCACAACCAGGGUCUGCUCUCAAUUGCAAUCAAGACCAUUAAACUGGUGCAGCGUAACAAAUUGUUGCAGAAGCGUUUGGCGCAACUGCAGCUGGAGACAUCGGUGUUUAUAGCAUCGGUGCUAGCCAAUCCCGAGAAUCGUCAUUUCCGCGAGAAAAUCACAGCCAAAACGGAGACGGCCAGCAAGGUGAGCAACAUGUUGCUGCGCCAUUGAGCAUUCAACGGCAACAUGUUGCUGGCUGCUGUUGCUGCCAAAAGCACAAAACGACAAGGAAGCUUUUGCAUACUUUUAGGCUGAUGCCCUCUAGUGCUACCAAACUCUUAUUUAAUGCGGCCAAAAUUAUGCAACAAAAUGGCACUUACACUAUGCAACUCAUUUCAUACGCUGAGACAUUACUCGCAGUAUUUAUUUCGGUAGCGAGUUUGGUCCCCAGGCACGUAACAAACCACAGAUUUUUAGCUUAACAUUAAUAUUUAUUUGAUGCAUUUUGAAAAUGUUUUCUAUUUGUUGUAUGAAAUUGUCCAUUAUUUACACGUUACUACCACUGGGUCCCACCGAUCGAACUAAACAGCACUAAUUUGUUUCACUUGCCGUUUUUACACGCGUUCCAAAGCAUAUUCAGAAAAAAGUUUUGAUUAAAUGUCUGCAUAGUGUAAGCGGUCGUCUAUGUUUUGAGCAAAAAAUUGUACUGAUUUUCUAUUAAAUUAAAAGUUUAACAUAUUUUUAUUAUACAUUGCAUACAUAUUAACAUUUUUAAAAUACUUAUAUAAAUGAAAAACAGAUUUAGCAACGUUUUUCAACUCUUUACGAUUGAAAAGGAUACUGCUUGUUUUCUGUUGAGAAAAACGCUAGACAGAUAUGUACAAGUAGUAAGAAUUUAGCUAUGUAUUUAAUGUUUAUGUUUAACAUUUUACAUCAAACAAUGCUUAUCUACUGAAUCAACAAUCAGGCGAAAUCAUAUUAAACUACGACGCUUUCGGCUUAUACAAUAAAAAUAUUUAAACCAAUGAGGGGAAAAAGCAAACAUUUUUAUCAGAACUUUAAUAAUUCAUGGAAAUGCAAAGCAAUUUGGGAAAUAGCUUGGCAAGCCGCUAUACGUAAUUAUAUUAAUUCCAAAAAUAAUUGAAAUUUUAUAUCUUACUAUUGGUAUACAAACAUAUUAUAAACAUUUAGAUAAAUAAAAAUCAUAUAAGCAUAUAAGCUUCUGUAACGAAUCAAAGCUAAACCAAAACAUAUAAAUUGUCUAAGCCACUUGUUCCAAUUCUAACUAAAUCGAUAGCUACAAAUAAAUAUGUAGGAUAAAUCGAAAUUCGAAACACUAUAUACAUUUCAUUUAAUUUUUCUAUCUAUUUAAAUGCUACAUAUAUUAAUAUUGUGUAAAGUAUUUUUAAUGUUAGUAAACAAAAAGC